AUGGCUGUGCCCCCUACACCUGGGCAGCUGGAAUGUGGUCAUGACAACUCAACCGAAAGAAGAGCAAAUGGGACUUUAGUUCCCAGGGCUGAGACACCUGGAAAAUUUGUCCUAAUUGACUGGAUGCAUGUCCUCAGUCUGCUCGUUGUCAUAGUCGGGUUGGUAGGGAACAGUAUUCUCCUGUGGCUCCUGGGCUUCCAUAUCCAGAGGAACCCCUUCUCCUUCGACGUCCUCAACCUGGCUGAGGCCCACGCCCUCUACCUUUGCAGCCUCUUUUUGCUACUCAUUCAGGAAUUUGUUUGGUAUUUUACUGUCAUGUAUGUAGGAGUGAUCUACAUGACAUUCAUGUCCUGCUGUGGGGGCCUGAGCCUCCUGGCUGCGAUCAGCACCGAGCGCUGUCCAUCUGUCCUCUUCCCUGUCUGUUACGGAUGUCACUGCCGCAAGCACACCUAUGCCUCUGUGUGCGCUGUCCUCUGGGCUCUAGCGGGGCUGUUAUGCACAGCGAAUUAUAUCUACUGUGUUUCCUUCUACAGUAAGCAUUUCUGUCCUGGUUUCUUCAACUUCCGGACCCCUGAAUGCAGCGGAGGGUCCAGUGCAGCUCCCAGCGCCAGCAACCGCCCAGGCUCUACCUCCUGGUCCUGCUCACGGUUCCCGUGUUCCUGUUCUGUGGCCUUUCCAUGGGGAUCGAAGUUCCGUCUGCUCCUGGCCUCUGUGAACAGCAGCGCAAACUCCUUCAUUUACUGCUUCCUGAGCAACAGAAGGCAUAGAAGAGGGAGGGAGCCCCUUAGGGUUGUCUUCUAG